AUGAAUUCACGUGUACCUCCACGCGUAGCCGUUAUAGGAGCAGGUAUCAGUGGUGUAGUUACUGCUGCCCACCUAAAAAGAGAAGGCCUUGAUGUGACUGUCUUCGAACGUUCUCGGGUAGCUGGAGGCAUAUGGCCUUGCUAUUUCGGCUUGAAAAACAACGUGGCUACUCGUCUACUAGAGACUACGUUGAGUCCUUUUCCAUCAGGCACACCAGAUUUUGUGAGCCAUCAGGUCCUGAAGAAGUAUAUACAAGAUACUGCGGUUAAGGCUGCAGUUCAUGAUGUCACAUUCUACAAUACUAACGUCGAAAAUGUUCGGAAGUCUGGAAGCAAAUGGAAUCUGGAAGCAGUGACUCUGACUCCUGGCCCGCUUGGACGACCAACGAGGGAGAGCUUUAUAAAAGAGUUCGAUUUCGUGGUUGUUGCUUCUGGUCACUACCAUGCUCCCAAGGUCCCUAAUAUCCCAGGACUUGCUGACUGGAAACGUUUGUGGCCCGAUCGUGUCCAACACUCGAAAGCAUACCGAAAACCAGAUGAUUUCAAAGGCAAAAACUUCCUUUUAAUUGGGGGAAGCGUUUCUUCGACGGAUAUUGCCCGAGAGCUAAGCCCACUUGCGAACAACAUCUACCAAAGCCAUCGAAAUGGCGCAUUCGAUCUUCCUGGAAGCCUGCUCCCAGACAACGCAACCCAGGUUGACGAAAUUGAAUCGUUCAACAAAAUCCCAGAAAGUCGAACCACAUUUCUCCAAGGGACUGACCCUAUACCAGCCACCCUAACACUCAAAUCUGGUCGCAAACUAUGUGAUGUACAUCACGUCAUAAUAUGCACUGGUUAUUAUAUGACAAUACCCUUCUUGAACCACCUACAGUCCAACGAAACCCCUGCGGAGAAGGUCGAUGACUUUCUACUCGUCACAAACGGUACGCAAGUCCAUAACUUGCACAAGGACAUUUUCUACAUCCCAGACCCGUCCUUAGUAUUUGUCGGUGUACCAUUCUUCACAGCCACUUUCACACUCUUCGAGUUCCAGGCAAUGGUUGUCGCUAAAGUCCUCAGUGGUCAGGUGAGCCUUCCCUUUGAGAAGGAAAUGAGAGCGGAGUACCAGCAGCGAGUGAAAGAGAAAGGCUAUGGCAAAGCCUUCCAUUCCCUGAGAGAUAAAGAAGUAGAAUACGUGAACGAGCUCCUAGCAUGGGUUAACCGGGAUCUGCGUGCGUCUGGCGUGAAGGAGCUAAGUGGGCAUACAAAUAUAUGGAAACAGGCAAAGGAGGAGCAAGUGGCAAGGAUGAAAGCAAUGUUUGCAGGCGAUUCAGGGUUCGAGAGGCAGCUGAAUAUAACUUGCUAG